AAAGACGCUGCCAGCCAGCGGCCUGGAACAUUUGUAAUCCGACGUUAGAAGUCAACGGAUCGUGCCUCAGUCCCAGCCGAAAACACCCAAAAGAUACAAAGAUACUUUUGCUGCCGAUUCCACCUGGACCUCGCGUGUGUGCCCCCCGAGAUCCGAACAACGUCUCUCUAAGUGUAUGUGUGUGUGUCAAAGAUUUUAGAGUUACAGUUAGUUGACACUAAUACGGGCGAGUGAAAUACGAGAUAUCCAAGAAAAGCGCUAAAAAUUGGCAAAUAAAAACCCAAAAACGUGAAUCGCGAGUGAAAAGAUAAAUCCCCCCAAACCAUAGGAAUAGGUAUAGGAGACAUCUAGGCAAUAUUCUCUAGGAACCUCGAUCGAAAUGGUGCGGUUUAGUGCAGCCUGGUGCUGCUUUCUGGCCCUAAUGGCUUUCGCUUCCCUGGCAGCCGCCUCCACGUCGGACUAUCCCGGUGUCAUCGAACUGGUGGGCUACAGCAAUCGUCGGGCACGCACCUACUUCCAGGAGUCACCCCGCUCCCAGCCGAAUCCCAAUCCCAGCCUGACCGGCCAGUCGGCCAAGACCCGGGCGGACAUCGAGACUGUGAAGAGGAACAUACGGAAGUACGAUCGCCUGCUGGAGCUGGACACCAAGAACCUGCCGGAGCAGCAGAAGGACAUGCUGGCCAGGAUCGUGGAGCGAGUGGCGCGACUGAAGGAGUCCCUGGACAUUGAAGAGCAGCAGUUCAACCGGCAGGAGGCCACCUCCUCCAGGGCCAGUCCCUCCUUUUCCUCGACGACGGCCCAGCAGCAGCCGGAGGCGGAAACCGAGGCCGGAACGGAACGGGAUCAGGAGCAGGAUCAGAGCACCCUGUCGCCUACUGGAGCCACCGAGGCGGAGACCGAUCCCACACUGAUCCUGGACGAGACCACCCUGCUGGAGCUGCAGAACACCAUGAACGAGCAGGCGGCGAUGAGCACCAUCAUGAAGGAACUGCCCACCACCACGGAUGUGAGCCAGCAGGAGGAGACCGAGGAGUCGGAGGUCACCGAGGACACUGAGGGAGCGGCCGGAGAGACCACCUCCCUCAACCUAACCACCCAGUCGGAGCAGGCCACCACCAGCGACGAGUCCCUGACCGACUCCACCGACUCCGACGACCAGUUCGUGGCCGCCCGCUCGAAUAACAACAUUGCGGCGAUCACCGCGGCGGACGAGACCGACGGGAGCAGCACCACCACCACCGCCAAUGCGGGCAGCCAGCAGCGCACCCUGACCACCAUGGGCAAGCUGAAGAACCGGGCCACGAAACGACCCUUCGCCCACAAGGUCACCGCCGCCCUGAAGCGCGGAGGUCAACGGCCAAGCAGCGUGAGUGCAGCGGCUGCCAAUGCGGCGGCGGCCUCGAAGCCGAGUAGCUCCACCACCUCGGCGGCCACCAGCACCACCCAGCAGAAGCAGAAGCUGGCCACCACCAGCAGCUUCCAGCAGAAGCAGCAGCAAUCCAAGCCCCUGCAGAAGGUCACUCCCUCGAUAGGUGUCUCGUCGUCCUCCUCAUCCUCCGGAGCGUCGUCCUCCUCGUCGGCGAUUCCCUCGGCCACCACGAACUCGGCCUCUCCCGCCCUGCCCAUCGAGCAGCUGUACACCAGGACUCCACAGGCCAAUAUUCCCCUGGCAGCGGCAGCUGCGGCGGCUGGAGCUGCUGGAGCGGCAGGAGCAGCCGCCAGUCCCUCGACCUACGGCAGCCAGCAGGACAGCAUGGUCUAUGAUGGUCAUGUGAAUGCCUCGGCGCUCAUCGACAGCCUCAACACGAAUGCCCGGGAAGAGUACUACCAGCAGAAGUUGGCGGCAGGCAACAAGGAUAACAAGAAAACGGCGACAGCGAAACCAACAAAAUAUCAUUAUUAUCCCCACAAUCAGCACAUCUAUCUGCUGCCCGAGUGCGCCAUCCAGCAGGUCUGCAAUGCGGUCUACGUGAGACUCAACUACACCCAGCCAUUGUGCGCCUGUCCAUCAAGAUACCGUGAUCCCUGCUCGGCCAGCCUGAACGAAGAUGAUCAGCAUACCACAAAAUUGGUUGGCGAUAAUAAGAAGAAGGCCAUCACCCUGGCAAAGACCUGCGAGGCAACUACGGAGAUGCGCGAAUGUCGUUCCCCCAAGGACUGGUCCCUCCUAGCUCUGCAGAAUACACGAACUGGAAAGUCCCACUACCUGGUCAUUUGCCGCUGUCCCGAUCACUUUAAGAUGGAGGGACCCAUGGCCCAUGACCAGCCCACGUACGCCAGUGUGCCCGGAAUCCGUGUCUUUGGAAUGAUGUGCGUGAAACCGGGCUAUUCGGUGCGAAAGCCCAGCAACCAGCCACCCAAGAGAUACCAGCUCCAGAAACCCUUCUACCGUCCCGGUUUGAGCAGCAGCAGUGGCGGCCUGGGCGGCCAGAAGGACAGCUACGGCAGACCCAUCUAUGGAGGCGGCAGCACUGCCGGCAGUUCGGCCAUCAGCGCCAACUACCAGCCGCAGGACCAGAGCUUCCAGAACGGCGGCAGCAGCUCGUACCAGUAUCUGAACCGACCGGAGAGCAGCAGCUCCCACAGCUCCGCCAACUUCCGGCCCGACCAGUUCUCCAUCAACAACUUCCCGGGCAGCAACUAUGGACGCAACAACGAGAGGCGCGGGGACUUGCCGCCCAUCGAGGCCAUUGCCAGUGGAUCGGGAACCGGUACUGAGGAGCAGCCGGGCAGCAGUACUCCAGCGGGCGAUGAGGAGGCCAGAACCACCUUGCAGGCGGAACAAGAAGCGGAUCCGGCGGCGGCGGGUAACUCACCGGCAGCAGCGGAGCUCACCACUAUUGCGGAGGAGGCGGCGCCCGAGAGCCGUGCCAAGCGAUCCCUCCUAGAAACAGACGACUACGAGCCGGAAUUCCCCUGGGAUCGUGUCCUUGAGUUCCAGAAGACUAUCAUUUGGGACUAAGUUAUGGAAAAAAGAGCCCUAAAUACUAAAAAAUUAAAAACAAAAAAAAACCAUCCUAGUAGAUACAAUUUGAAAGGCACUUGGCGAUUUUCAAAGACAACUCGGGCCGAAAAGUGCAAAAAAAAAAAAGAAAGAAAAACAAAAACUGUGACUGAAGAAGUUUGGAUGAAAAAUACGGAAAAUGGCUUCUGGAGAGGAGGUCUUCCAGAGGAGGUCUUCAGGAGGAGGUCUUU